UUAAUUCACCGUUGUGUUUAGACCUGUCUGUGUGUCUAUCUGAGUGUCCAUUCAGUUUAACAAUAAAGUGUGACUUGCUUUUAUAUAAGUUUUUGUUAUAGUUGAGCAAUUGGCCCCCGAAAUGGGUUGCAAAAUUGUUCUGGUGUGGUUUUUACUAGCUGUUUAUGAUAUGACAUCAGCCACACUGACUCUGCAAGGGGAGUGGAAACAGUACUCCGGCUGGGAAGUCACCUGUUCUUGGGACAUGAAGAACGAUACACUCAACGCCGUGCGACUCAUGAGGAAUGCCCAUCAGUAUUUCAUAUUUAGACCUGACCAACACGGUACAGAAUACUCCUGGGCUACAGCAACUCCAGACUAUGAAAUACGAAUAGACUGUUCAAUAACUCACGACAAACAUAAAGGGAAAUGCACUACGACACUGACUCUAUCAGCAAGAUCUGCCGCUAACGAAGAAAUUUACGAGUGUGAGACGUCGGGAGAGCAUCCCAUGUUUCAGUUGGAUAUUAAGCGGUAUAAUGCUUAUGUACCACCAAGUGUCGCAGAGGUGAAACGAGUACCGUCGAAUGGGCCUUCACCACGUAUUACUCUGCAUUGUACGUCAUCGGCGAUACCACCACCUGAACUCGUGUGGACUAUCGAAGGGCGGAUGAUCCCAGCCGAAUUCACGCGAAGAAAAUGGAAUUCAACAACAAAGCUGUGGCAGGAGACCUCCACGAUUAACCUCGAGUCUGAGGAUCUGGCCAGCAAAGCCAUCUGCACCCCUGUCGUCACCACCCAGGAUAAUAAAAUUAUUAAAGGAAUACCUGUCAGCAGUGCAGGACAUUUUAACGCGGUAAAAUGCCUUGUAGUGGUCACGUUAAUUUUAUUAAGAUUAUAAAUGAGUACUUUACUUAAGUAAACUUACUCUUAGCCGUACAGAUCGUUAAGUUUGAAAGAAAUACCAUGAAUGGAUUUUAAUAUUUAAAAAAAUAGUCAUCAGAGUCAUUCAUCACACAUUAGGUAAAAUAAAAACAGUGUAUACAGUAAAAUAAAAAGAAGCAGGUUUUUAGACACCUUCUUGUGGCUGCGGAUACCGUCACGUAGCGCGGGUAGAUGCUAUCAACUCGGUGUUGCCGAAUUUAGAGAUUGUACUACCCUAGUAAGCUAGUUAGUAAUUUCUUCCAUAUUUAUUUAGUAAAACCAUAGUGGUAUGCUUGAAAAUGUAUAUGUAACGGAUACAGUGCGUGAUCGCUAAGUGCGCCCAGACAAUCCGUAAAUAUAACAGAUAUUAAAAAUCUUAAAACUGAUAUGGAAAAUACAUUAUCUAAUGUGUAAAACGAUAUAAAAAACUUUUUAAAAAUAAAACUGGCAUAUCCAAAAUUUUAACGUUUAAAUACUCACCAUAUAUUUAAUAUGACAUUCGAAGAGGCUUUAGUUGAGCUAUUUUAAGAUUUAACAAUAUUUUUACACAUAACAAAACUGUUAUCUUUUAUUAUCUUCUUUCUUCUGUUAUCUUUAAUUGAAUAAAAACAAUAUGAAGUUUAUUUUUAUGUAGUACAAAAUCUUGUAUUCAAAGCAGUUGUUCAAAACUAAAGCCCCUCUACGAAUGUCAUAUUAGUCCAGUCCAUCGAGUAUUAUGUACUUGAUGGUCCAGCCACGAAGUUGCAACACAAUGCUGAUAGCGUCUACCAUAAUAAUGAUUUAACAGGUACCAGAUUGAAUUAUACCAAAUUAAGAACAGCGUCUAUCCAUAAUAGGUAUACAUAUAGCACUAGAGCGCAGUUUAAACUAAUGUUUGUUACAGUGAUAAGUACGGCGGGUAGGGUCAAGAGCACGUCAACCUUGACACUUAAGAUUUAAGUCCAACUCUAUACCGCUUGCGGCAAGAACGAUCCAAAGUACAAAGUGUCAAGCUUGACGUGCUCUUGACUGUACACAGAUUAAAACCAUAUUAGUAUUAGUAUUCAGAUCAUUUUUAUUUCAACAGAAGAUUGUUGCGAGUGAUUAUUUUAAUGUUACAUAUUUGAACUGCUGUAAGGUAAUUAAUUAACUUUUGUCAGGAUUGGCACAUUUUAUUUUUGGAAAUUGUGGGUCUUUCAUUUAUGGUCUACAUUUCCAUAUUUAAGGAAUUCAUUUUAAGAACGACAGUAAGAUACCUAUAGCGAAGCCGAAGUGCUGUACCUCUUUCUUAUUUUUCUGUCUAGCAAACAAAACAUUUUCUUUCCCCUUACUCCAUAAACUGUCUAUUUAGUUUAUUGCUUAAGAAUGAGAAAUCUGUUUUAAAUGUAUACGUGUCACAAAUAGAUAUUAAUACCAUUUGGUUACAUUGUUGGCUUGAGAUUGUCUUAUAAUUGUAACUGUUCAGAAACAUUAUCAUUUUCAAUCACAAAAAAAAUGAUACGAACCUCAUGAAAAAAGUAACCUAUAUGUCAAAGUCUA